GAGGAAAUUGAUAAAGUGUAAAAAAUUUGAAUAAUUUGCCGAUUUGGUGAAAGAAAGUAGCGACAGGUUUCAAGAAUAAUUUUCAUAAAGAGUUUCGUCUAGUUGAGAAAGUUCAAUUUCGUGUCGAAACAACUAAAGGAACAAGAGGGAGAGAGAAAGAAAGGGAGAGAAAGAGAGAGAGAAAGAGAGAGAGAGAGAAAGAGAGAAAGAGAGAUGAAGAGAAGAAAAACCGAUGAUGAAAUCCGUGAAGAAAUGGAAAAACGUCGACACAACGAAUACGAAUUGGCCGAAUGCGUGGACGAAAUGACGGGAUACGAGAAAGAAACGGAGAGAUCCGUGAAAUUGAUCGGUGAGAGUAUCGAGGAAUCGAACAACGAUGGAGGAUCGAUAGGAUUGUUAGAGACGGAUAGCGGGGAUGUGGUGCUUUUUCGGCAGGAAACGCAGUUGGGGCAACAACAACAGAAGCAGCAGCAACAACAACAACAACAACAACAACAACGGCAACGCCACCAACUUUACCAACUACCUUAUGAAAAGCAUGGAAGCGAAGAGGGCGGGGACAUGGUGGGCGUGCUGGAGGCGGGACAACAGGAAAUUGAAAAUGGCGCGGUCGCCGAGGCGAGUGACGCCGAACCGGUAGAAAUCCCCGUCUCACCGGAACAAGGAAACGACGUAGACGACGCUUACGGCGUGCAUUCGCUCGGCUUUAACACCCAGGACCCUCUGGUUCGAGAAAGGGGUUAUCUCGAUCAGGACUCAAACGUGUACGGGGGCGGCGAUUUAGGCGGUGAUUCCUCGAAGCAGGAGGAGCAGCAGCUUCAGCAACAACAGCAACAGAUUUCUCAACCUCUCUCGCAAUCGGUGGCGCAUCAAAAACCGGACGAGGACGUGGUGGAGCGAACGAGUGGAAUCGCGGUAGCGAUGAGCGGCGCCCGUGGAGAUUUCAACCUCGGUAUGCUGUUCCCAAAUCUUGCGAGCACCGGUGCGACCAGUUCCGCUAGCGAGAUCGGUGGGAACGAUGGCCACCAACAGCAGCAGCAACAACAGCAUAAUCGCCACCACCAUCAUCAUCAUCACCACAAUCAUCAUCACUUGGAGGAGGUUUUGCCGGACGCGGCGUAUCUUCAGCAUCAAAUGCGAGGCGGAGGUAAUGGAGGAGGUGGCGGUAAUGGUAACGGUGGAGGAGGUGGUGGCGGCGGCAGCGGAGGCGGAGGUGGCAGCGGUGCGGAGGGCAGCGGUGGCAGCGGCAGCGGCGGAGGUGGAGGCGGUGGUGGAUGCUCACCGGCGCUUCGAACCGGUAGCUCACCGGGCUCCAGUCGUAGUCCGCACGAGGAUCAAGAACUUUCGUCGCCUCAUCGCCAAGGGCAGACAGAGGGUGGAUACAGUCCGAGCGAACAAGGGAGACAGUCGUACGCCCAUUUGACAGCUAUGCAGCCACCUUCCUCGGUGCAGUCGAACCACGGCCUUGGCCAGGACACAGACCGAGUCUCCGAUCAGAUUUACAUGGACUCGAUAUACGCUCAUCACACUGUCGGAACGCCUCAUCAUCAUCAAGAGCACGAGCCAGGAUCGUCGACUCCUCACUCGCCCAGUGGACCGCUCACCAGUUCGUUAUAUCGUUCAAUAAGCGAUGUCAGUAGUAUGACGGCAGCCAGCGCGGCAGGAACAGGAGGUACUUACGGCCUUCCUUACAUGACCGGCAGCCCUACAGAAUUGACUGCUUCGCCUCAGCAAUUGUGGAACGCUCAAGGUCUAGGAACAGGGCUUCCCGCCAUUUCAGAAGAUUACGGUGCUAGCAGCAAGUCGACAGGCACGGUGACACAUCAGGCCUUGCCAGGAUUUUCGCAACCGUUCUGCGGUAGGGCGAGUUUUCGAGGAUACAGUCCGUCUUAUCCGACGCAGCAAAGCAAUGCUGGAGUCGGGGCUGGAACUGUAGAACCCUCGUCGUGGAACUAUGGCUCGCCUUCGAACGACACCCUGGCCACCCAAUACGCUGCCCCUUCGAGGCGGCAACCCGUUAACCCUCCGUCGACACCUGCGCAGCAUCAGCUCACGGCUACUGCUAGUCUUAGCGCGAUGCACAACAUCGAGGCGGAAUACUUUACGGAGGGCCGCGAGUGUGUAAAUUGCGGCGCAAUUUCCACUCCGUUAUGGCGACGAGACGGUACGGGCCACUACCUGUGCAACGCGUGCGGUCUUUACCACAAGAUGAAUGGAAUGAAUCGACCUUUGGUGAAGCAGCCACGGCGAUUGUCCGCUUCAAGACGAGUAGGCACUUCUUGCAGUAAUUGUCAAACGACGAUGACGUCGUUAUGGCGUCGAAACACUUUGGGCGAGCCUGUUUGCAACGCGUGCGGCCUUUAUUUCAAAUUGCACGGAGUGAACAGGCCUCACACUAUGAAGAAAGACAGCAUUCAGACGCGAAAGAGAAAACCGAAGGGAGGAAUGAAAUCUAGCGACACGCCGAUCGCCGGGAAUGUCGCGGGAGUGAGCAAUAACAACACGACCAUCACCACGGCCAACAACAACAACAACAACAACAACAACAACAACAACAAUAACAAUAACAACAACAACAAUAGCUUAAAAUUAGAACCUGGUACGAAUUCCAAUGAGAUCGACACGUAUGGCGAGCUGAGGAUGAGCCACGCCGGAAUGCCCCAAGUGAGCUACGGCAGCAGCCUUUACGGAAGCCCUCAAUCCGCCACCCAGAUCGUUUCCUAUCAGUCUGCGCCCUCUGGAAUGUACUACGAUAUGAUCGUGUCUCAACAACAGCAGCAACAACAGCAACAGCAGCAGCAACAGCAACAACAACAGCAACAGCACCAACAUCAUCAACAUCCGCAACUUCUCGAGACCCACUCACCGAAAGUCGAGUGCCCCUCACCGCCGUGCGCGAAUCGAUCCCCCGUUAUGAUAUCCGCGAGCCAUUCGCCCGAUCAUCAUCAGCUUCCAUCCCCGCACAUCGUUACGCUUGGAAAUUCCUCGCCAAGUACGGCUGCAACUAAAAUUAUCCUCGACAACGGCCAUCUAGACAGACCGUCCGUCGUCUCGCGAGACCGACUUUUGUCCACGACAAAAUUGAAGUCGUCCGUGGAUGGGAAAAUUCGUUGUUAAUCGGUGAAAAAUGAGUACAAAAAAA